CCCGUUUCCAGACAGACCUAUCCAUUUUUUCCGGAUUCUUCCCUCCAUAAAAAAACCCAACUCAGAGAAGAUAAAGCUCAUUCCCUUAACCGUCUCCACCUCUUCUUCUUCCUCCUCUCCCUCCUCUUAAAACUCCAUGGCCGCGGCCUGCAGCCUCCUCCACCUCUCCUUCCCGAGGACCCCUCCCUCCCCCGCUUCUCCCCUCCGCUCCUCUCGCCCCAACGAGCUCCCCCUCCCUUUCCCCUCUCGCCGCCCCUUCUCGCUUUUGCUCUCCUCCACCUCCUUCUCCAACCUACCCGGCCCUUUCCAUGUCGACCCCGCGCCCCCCCGCGCGGGGUACAACGUGCAGGUCGUGGUGGGCGAGGACGAGCCCGAGGAGGUGCUGCUGCGGCGCUUCCGAAGGGAGGUCUCCAAGGCUGGGGUCAUCCAGGAGUGCAAGCGCCGCAGGUUCUUCGAGAACAAGCAGGAGGAGCGCAAGCGCAAGGCCCGCGAGGCCGGCCGCAGGAACCGCCGCAGGUGAUGCUGCUGCUUCUUUCCUCCAUUUCUU